GAUCCAGCUGUUCACUCAGCUGACUACGAUUUGCGCAAGUAGUUUUUCGGAAUAUUAUUGUUGAAUUGACUACAACAAAAUUUGUUUAAUAAUAUAGUUAUGUAUUUGUCAAUGCGAUUAAGAGGGCUGCAGCCACGUGCUUACAUUGCGUAUCGCUAUGCGAGCACAUUGCCCAGCCACAAUUCAGAGGAAGAAGUGAGUGCCACUGUCAAAAGGAUUCGCCAGCAGCUCGCACAGGACAAACAGCAACUGAGUUGGAGAACUCCGAUUGGAGAUCGUCCCGAGGACUGGAAUAGUAAAUUGAAACUGUUCGCCAAUUCAGAGCAAACAUCAGAUUUCAUUGUCAUGAUGCAACGGCCCAUCGAUCUGAGUCCAAAGAGCGUCAAGAAAUGGUGGACCAAGCGCCAGGAGCGAAUCGAACGACAUAUGCAACAAUAUGUGCCCGAACGCCACAAGAUUCUCGGGCCCGAAUUAGCUGCGGCCCAUUUCGUACUCUAUCGUGGAGGUGCAGCCAAGUUCUUGAACGACAAGCGGUGGCAUCGCGCUUCAGAGGAUGGCGAAUUUAAUUUGCCAAAUAAAUUUAAUGCUAAUUAUAAGCUCGAAGCGCUUCGCUGCGAUAACAUGCAGUUGUAUUACGAGGGCUUGGAGAAUUUACGGAGUUUGGAGCAUCUUAAAUUCCUAUCCCUGCACAACGUAAAGCCAUUCGAUGACUGGUGCUUGGAUCGCAUUUCUGGUGGCGAUUACCCGCAAUUGGAAGUACUGGAUGUAUCAAGCACAUCAAUUACGCAUAGAGGAUUAGCCUGCCUCUAUCGCUUGCCCCAGUUGAAGCUUCUCAUCAUCGAUGAUCCGAAGCAAUCUCUCGAAAUGGAAUUAUCUGUUGCCAUGCUGGAGCUAGCGAUGCCGCCACUGAAAGUAAUGGCAGCUGAUACUAUACAUAGCAAAAUUUAACUUUGUUGAAAUAUACUUUUUAUCAUUUGUUA